CUCCCCGACGACGCCCCCGUGUUCAUCAUGCUGCACGGGAUCAACGGGGGAUCCCACGAGGGCCCAACGAAAUGGGCGGUGGCCACGGGCGCUGUUCGCGGGUGGCGGUGCGUGGCGCUCAACCUCCGGGGAUGCAACGGGGUGCCCUUAUCAUCCGCGAAGGUGUACUGCGCCGCGUCCGCCGAGGACGUGCGGGCCGCGGUGGACGCCGCCAGACGCAGGUACCCGUCCGCGCCCAUCCUCUUGGCGGGGUAUUCCCUCGGAACCUACGUCAUAGGGACCUACCUGGCGGAGGAGAACAGCCACGGCCGGGACCCGGUCGCGGGCGCGGUUUUGGUAUCCUGUCCCCUCGACCCGCACAGCUCACACGCGGGUCUGAACAGAGACGCCGGCCUGGUGUACAACGGCGCCAUCACCGCGGAGUUGCGGAGAUACUACAGGAAACACGUCGACGUCGUCGGGCACGUGGGAGGCGCGGGUUUCAGCGCUAAACUCAUACGCGACUUUGAGAGGGAGCUCAUAGUCGCGACGCACGGGUUCGACUCGGUGGAGGAGUACUAUCACUACUUCGCGCCGCAGCGCAUAAUACCCAGCAUCCGGACCCCGACGCUGUACGUCGUGGCGAAGGACGAUCCGUUCCUGGGGGAGACGGAGCAGUGCGAGGCGGCGAUCCGCGGGAGCUCGCACGUGGCGCUCGCUCACGUUCGGAAGGGCGGGCACGUCGCAUUUUUGGAGAAGGGCGUCGGCGUGUUCGGGCCGUGCUGGACGGACAGGGUGCUGGGGGAGUUUCUG